GGGCACUUCCGGAAAAACCUUGAUCUGCCUCCGGGCUGCGGGGCGGGGGGUUUGGUGGGUGCCGGCGGUCGACCGCUAGGCGGGGGCCUGUUUCAUUAGCUGGCUGUGCUCGGCGUCGGAACCUCGCUCGUCCUCUAUUUUGGCUGGAGUACUUUGCUCUGCUCCGGACGUCUCCACAGCCCCUUUAAUUCUUGUCACGAGGGCGUCAACGGAAGGGCGCGAGCUCCGAGAGACAGGCACGAACUCAGUUGAGGUGGUGCUGUGGAGACUGGCUCCGCCCCCGCAGGCGCCCUCCCACCUUUCUUCGCUUGGUUCCCCACCUGCCUUUCCCCGGUGUGGGGUGAGGGAAGGCUCAGAGCCCCCAGGCCCUCCUCCGCCUCCGCCACCACCGCUACCACCACUGCCAAUAUAAGGAGCAGUCGGGCUCCCCCCAAGGCUCAGAGCUUCUGGUCCUGGAGUAGAGUGUCCCACAGCUCGGCCGUCGUGAGUCGUUUCACCGGCGCUCCCCAAUGCCUCCCUCCAGGAAAUUCGUGGUCAGCCUGGUGCUCUGCCUCCUGCUGCUGCCACCUGGGCACGCCUGGUACAAGCAGUCAGCUGGCCCCAGCUACUACUCGGUUGGCCGGGCAUCGGGGCUGCUGUCUGGUAUCCGGCGUUCUCCGUAUUCCCGGCGCUCCGACCCGGUGCAGGACGCCGGAGACACUGGAGGCAGCGCCUUUCGAGAGCCUCGAACCAGCCUUCGGAGCCUCGCGGUGUGUGUGAAGGAGGUCGCUCCCAAUCUGCAGAGCUGCGAGCUGCUCCCGGAUGGGUUCGGGACUUUCCAAUGUAAGGCAGAUGUUUUCCUAUCUCUGGAUUCUGCUGACUGUCUGAGUACCUGAGGCCUCGGGCUCCAGCCAUCCCCGGGCUGGAUGGAAAUGGUGACGUCUUAGCCCACUUCCUACCCUUUCUCACCCCAGAAUAAAUAAAGUGAACAAAUAAGCCAA